CUGCAAGGAAGAAUUAUGUCUCAGUACGAGAGAGAGAAGCAAGGAACUAAUCAAAUUUGUGGAGUAGAUGAUUCUUGCUGUGUCUACAAAGACCCCAACCAGUCAGUGGAGGCUAGGGUGAAAGAUCUCCUCUCCCGAAUGACGUUGAGGGAGAAAGCUGCCCAGAUGCUCACCAUUGAGAAAACUUGUGCUGAUUUCUCUGUGAUCAAGGACCUCUCUCUAGGAGGUUUCUUUGUGGCCAUGCCCUAUCAUUACCCUGAUAUAAUCGAUUCUCCAACGGACUUGGUGAAUAUGAUGGAAUCAGCCCAGAACGAAGCACUUGCAUCACGUCUAGGUAUACCUAUCUUCUGUUGUAAUGAUGCUAUGCAUGGUGAAGCUAUGGUUCACGGUGCCACUGUCUUCCCUCAUAAUAUUGGACUUGGAGCAGCUAGAGAUGCAGACUUGGUCCAACGGAUUGGAGCGGCUACAGCCUUAGAGGCCAGAGCAGUAGGCAUGAAUUAUAUUUUCAGUCCUAACCUGGCAGUAAUGAGGGAUCUGAGGUGGGGGAGAUGUUUUGAGAGUUUCAGUGAGGAUCCUGAACUUGUUCGAAGCAUGACUUCAUUUAUUUCUGGUUUACAAGGGGUGCCACCAGAAGGACACCCUCAAAACUAUCCUUUUGUAGGAGGAAGAAGAAAAGUUCUUGGUUGUGCCAUGCAUUUUGUGGGGGCCGGGGGCCCUGAAUUCGGUUUAAUGGAAGGUGACACGAAAUGCUCCUUUUCUGACUUGGAGACGAUCCAUAUGACACCUUAUUUGGAUGCUUUGGCUAGAGGAGUUUCCACAGUUAUGCUUUCUUAUACUGCUUGGAAUGGAAUCAGACUUCACGAACAACAUUUUCUCAUUACAAAUAUAUUGAAAGAGAAGCAUGGUUUCAAGGGUUUUGUAAUCUCAGACUGGGAAGGCAUUGAUACCAUAAGUGAUCCUUACAGAGCAGAUUAUAGGUAUUGUGUUGCUGCUUCCUUUAACGCAGGAGUUGACAUGGUUUUUGAACCCUACAGACAUGAAGAAUUCAUGGAUACUUUGACAUCUUUAGUUGAAUCAGGAGAUAUUUCUAUGGCCAGGAUUGAUGAUGCUGUCGAACGGAUUUUGGGAAUCAAAUUCAUUGCUGGACUCUUUGAACAUCCUCUUGCUGAUAGAGAAUUGCUAGACACAGUAGGUUGCAAGGCACAUAGGGACCUUGCUCGUGAAGCUGUCCGGAAGUCCCUAGUUCUGUUGAAGAAUGGGAAAGAUAAAAAUAAACCACUACUUCCUCUGGAUAAAAAGGCCAAAAGAAUUCUGGUAGCUGGAAGACAUGCUGAUGAUCUCGGGUAUCAGUGUGGAGGGUGGACAAUGACCAAAUACGGAACAAGCGGCAGAAUCACUAUAGGCACAACUAUCUUGGAGGCAAUUAAAGAAGCUGUAGCAGACAGAACAGAAGUAAUCUAUGAACCAGACCCUUCCCCAGCCACAUUCGAUGGCAAAGAAUUUUCUUAUGCAAUUGCUGUUGUUGGAGAACCAGCAUAUGCUGAAAGCAAAGGCUACAACACAGAACUCACAAUUCCAUUCAAUGGAAUUGACAUUAUAAAUCUGGUAUGCGAUAAUGUUCCAACCUUGGUGGUUCUAAUCUCAGGAAGACCUUUAGUCUUGGAAACAAAUCUGCUGGAGAAGAUGGAUGCACUAGUCGCUGCGUGGUUGCCUGGCAGCGAAGGCAGGGGAAUAACAGAUGUGGUAUUUGGAGACUAUGAAUUCCAAGGGUUGCUCCCGGUGACUUGGUUGAAAAAAGCAGAACAGUUGCCCAUGAAUUAUGGACAUCAAUCUUAUGAUCCUUUGUUUCCUUUAGGCUAUGGACUUAGGAUGGGUCCGAACAAAUGUAAUGAGUGAUCAGAGUCCAUCAGGAUUUAGUUUUGUUAUCAUUUUGUUCAUGUUAUGUGGAUCUGGUUAUCUGCUUAAUGUUGAUACUUACCAGUUUGUGUUGAAA